AUGGCAAAACAUGACAAAGCAACAACAGCACAACAUGAACAUGACAUUCCCAUGCCAGAGCUGAGACUGGGCGAAGCUGAAGUGCUCAAAGAUGAGAAGGACCAGGCAUGGCAAUGCAAAGCUCACUGCCUCAAUUUCCCCAAGCCGGGCAAAGGAAGGCGAAGGGCUUGGUUGGUGCCAGACUUCGUUGGAGAGGAGGCCGAGCAGAUCUAUGCAGAGGUGCAAUGCUCUUCGUCCUCGUCCAAGCCAGGUGGGAUGCGGACGUUGGAAGUGAUGCGGUGUGCUGAGUAUCAAUUGGCUUCCACAUUGCUGAAGCGCGUGGUCGAAUCCAAGCUGUUGCCUUUGCUCCAGCACCUGGACAAAGGUGUGCCUGAGUUGGUGGCCAGCUCCGCCUUCAUCAGAUGGGCUUCAGCACCAGAGGAAGAAGGCGGGUCCGCCGAGUGUGAAGCAGACCACUGGCACUAUUACACGGUGCUCCUACCUCUCUAUGCCUGUGAGCUGUUGUUGCAGCCAGCACCGACACGGCGCUCCCGGCGUCGACAGCUGCUGGCGAAAGGAGACCUCUUCAUACAUCGCUUCGAUUUGCCAACCAGCCUGCGUGAUGGCUGCUACCUUGUGCUGAAGUUCAAGGACUCUAUGCUAUCUUGCCUCACCAAUACAGCUCCGUGGCAUACAGACCUUGCCAAAGAGGGCGACGCUGAUGCCCAAUGGGCCUUAGCCUUGCAGCUGCAGCAACGUGAUGCCAGUGCCUCUGAGGUGUUGCGGUGGCUGCGUUCUGCAGCUGAGCAGGGACACGCUGAUGCACAGGCAUGUCUCGGCGAGCGCUGCGAGGAGGAUUCCCUGAGCUGGCUCCAUGAAGCAGCCCUCCAAGGCCACCGCCGCGCGCAGCGUGCGCUGGCGGAGCGCUUGCAUGUCCAGGGCAACAGGGCUGAGGCACAGAAGUGGCUGCGCCGAGCAGCAGAAGAGGAGGAUUUGCAGGCGGCGGAGCUACUGGUGGUUUGCCUGGUGCGUGAGGGCGAGAUCUCCGAGGCCCUCCAUUGGUGUCGUUGGGGCGCUGGCCGGGGCUCGGCCAGCUUGCAGCACCGCUGGGGAUUGCAUUUGCUGGCCGGGGAGUGCUGUACCAAGGAUGAGGCAGCAGGCCUGGCUUGGUUGCGCCGGGCUGCAGAGCAAGGCCACCCAGAGGCCACCAACAACCUGGGCGUGGCCCUCGCGAUUGGUCUUGGCAUUGCACCCGACUUGCAAGAGGCCCAGCGCCACUGGCGUGCCGCUGCGCGCCUGGGAGAUUCCUACGGCGCGGCGAACGCGGCGAAGGACGCGGCCAACACGGCAAAGUCAGCCACGGUGGUGAUGAGCGAAAAGCAGCUGGCUGAGCUGCAGCAGUUGAUGAAGGAGGUCAAUGAGCUUCAAGAAGAAGCACAGGGGGAGGCGAUGAAGCAGAAGGUGGCCCCAUUGGCCGAUCUGCUGCGUCAGCUCCGGGACUCCGCCGCACCGCGAGCGCCGCCCUCGCACGAUGCCCACGACGCCCCGGUGCCACGGGGCGUCACCGCCGUGGCCCGAGCGUCGGCGGCAGUGGGGCUUGGUGGUGGCGAACCCUUCAUUUUGAGAGAUGCAAUGGAUUGGCUUAGUGGACAAAAGGUCUUGGACUUCAUGCCGCGUCUCAUGACAGCCUGCGGGAGAGACGUCGUUGCGUACGAGAUUCAGGGAAAGGGUAUGUCAGCCCAAAGUAUGGCUGCGCCCUUUGCCCAGUACAUCCAGCAGCUCCAGCGUAGCGAUGUUGGGGCCGCUUACCUCAUGAGUUCCGACCAGCUCUUGGAGCGCCCGGAGCUCCAGGAUCUACUCCAAAGCCCCGAAGGCCUUGCGGUCCGAGGUGAUAUGCCGCCUUUGCCGCACUGGCUGACAGUGGGUGGAGCUGGUGCGAAGACGCUGUUGAAGCGCGAUCCUGUUGUUACGGCCUCCUGGACGAUGCUGGUGCUAGGCAGCGCCCGCUGGUCCCUGCUGCCGCCCGGCAGCAGCCCAAGCUUAGCUGGUCCCCCAGAUCGCUGGGGAGAUACGCGCUCAGAGGAGACUCUGGGAUGUCAGGGAAGCGACAACUUGUUGGAUGGUUGA